ACUUGAAGGUGCCCAAAAUCUCACAGCAUCUUCUCUUUCUCUAGACUAGAACCUCUCCUCUUUCUUCUCGCCUUUUCAACUGAAAAUACACUCUAUUCAUAAACAUGAACUCUAUGAACGGUUCACAAGUGAUCAAGUUUCUGUAUAGUUACGGCGGGAGAAUCGUCCCCCGUCGUUCCGAUGGAAAGCUCCGUUACAUCGGUGGUUUUACCAGAGUUCUCUCUGUUGACAAGUUUAUUUCGUUUGCAGAGUUGAUGGUGAAGUUUGGAGAAUCGUGUGGAUCGUCAAUGAGUUUGAAGUGUAAGUUGCCGACUGAGGAUUUGGAUGUUUUAGUUUCAAUUACUUGUGAUGAGGAUCUGAUGAAUGUGAUUCAAGAAUACGAUCGAGUUUCUGCGUUGACGAAUCAGGAGAUGAAGAUUAGAGCUGUUUUAUUUCCUCUCAAUUCGGUGAAAAAAGUUUCUCCUCCGUCAUCUCCAAUGUCGUGUUUUGACUUUCCGGCAUCGAGAAUGAAGCCGGAAAAGCUCAGAUGUUUCUAUUCACCUCCGUCGUAUGCGGCGGCGGCGGCUAGGUGUUGUUCUCCAGCUUUGGGAUAUCCAGUCGGCGGAAGGAAAGACGGUGGGAAGUUUUACUACCCUUGCUGUGACCAUGGAAACCCUAGGCAUCUUUACUAUGUUGCUCAACGAAACCAUAGCCAGUAGAAAUUAAAUUGAAGAUAAUAAAAACAAUUAAGUUAUUUCAAAACGUAUAUGAGUAAUUGAGCACAUAGACAAACUGAAGCUCCUCCUCACAAAGAUGAAAUUAUAUACAAUGACAAACGCUACUGCGUAUAUUCUAUCCUCUCGACCUUGGUAUGUUGUUGUUGUUAUUGACAAAUGCCUUGGGUUCAUUGAAUUGGAUUGUACAUUAUUUGAGACUGCAGUUCAAUUCAAUCGCGAGGUGAAUUUGA